CCCUCAAGAAUUCAAGGGUUCCCUCAAAAAUCCGAGAGCUUCGGCAGGGAUCCUACCGGUACCAUCACAAAAGCACGACAGCAGCACAAAGCCCAGCCAUCAGCAUAAGCACAGCCAAGCAGUCAGUCGGCCACUGUCAUAGUAUCAUUGUUUGUCAUUGUCUACUCUUUCUAGUCUCCUUGUUGUCAUCAUGAGUGGUAGUCACAAGCAAGCUUCGCGCCGCAGUGCUGUUGAUGAAGACUGGGAGCGCCCAACAACCUUUGGUGGCUCAAAUGGAAUUCCCCGCUUUGAGAUGCCACCGACUGAUCCUUCUGAUGAUGAUCUGCUCAAAGAGCUAGCCAAGAAGCGCACCUUGAAUUGUUCUCUGCAAGAGAAAAAGGAUCGGCUUGUGACUCCAAUUGUGGAUCAGCGAGAUGAUAUUUUGAAGACGGUCAAGAAGAAAUUGCCAGGUCCGAAUCCAACCACAAAUUCACCCAUUUAUGAUGCAUUGGAUCGAGCCAUCCCCAAGAGCUUUGCCAAAACAGCGAACGGUGAGAAGAUGGCCAAAGCUGUACUUGGGAUGUACAGUGCGCUGAAUGCCUGUAUUGAAGUGUUGGAAGAAGAUGGUGCUCGUGUACCUCGACUUUUGUCUCGUCACUUUGAGGAAUUGAAAAUAGCCAUUGACUCUGCUACAGCUAAUUUCCAAGCCGAUGCUCUCUCCAAAUACAGCAGUGUCUUUGUUGCACUGACGACACAGCAGAAAGAACGGUGCUACAAACAAAAUGGAUUCCUUCCGACUGAUGAAGCCCAUCGCAUUUGUGUCGGCUGCAAGCACCAAUUUGUGGAUGAACCCGACACCAACAAAACUGUGGCAGAAAAGAACAAAGUCAACCGGAGAGCCUUUGAAGAGAAGAAGAAGCAGGCAGAGGAAGAGGCCAAACAAAACAAGACUAAGCCGAAACGUAUGCUCGCCCCAAAAGCAGAGCAGCAAUACCGACAAUGCCAUUGCUCACAAAUGCGCUGCUUGAGCCCCGACAAUGAUGUUGGCUCUUCUUGCCCGAUUCGAUGCAUCAACCCUGAAACCAAUCAGAAAUACGGCAAAGAUUCUAGCGGUGUUUGUGCUUGCCCAAUCUGCAAAUGCACAUGCAACAUUGCUGUCACGUACAAUGCCUCCCAUACUCUAGACACAAUCCAGUUGUUGAAAGAUUGUGGCAUUGAGCGAAAAGAAGAGCUUGAAGCUGAGAAGGGCCGUUCUCAUUUGUCUUUCCUUGUGGACGAGGCAUGUAGUACAUCGAUGCGUGCCACGGCCAACAGCGGUAUUCCGGAGAAGCAGCGGCAAAAUAUGGCGACAACUGCAGCAGCCAAAUCUCUAACUCGCAAUUUCAAUCCUACCCAUCAUCGGGCAUUUGUCAAGGAAAUGCGAGAAAAGAUCGGAAAGCCAACAACAACCGUAACUUUGCCAGCUCCCAUCCUCAUAGGUGGAAAACUCACGAGUGUUGCUGAUACCCGCACCAUUUCUACCAAUUUUAGUGGACACCGACAACGAAACAAUCGAUUGUCGGAAGGCGCUGCCUCUGCUCAGCUACCACUCCACCCUUAUUUGGAUGCCUACGCUCUGAUGGAUGCGGCAAAGACGAGUGGAAUACUUGGCGGCCAGAACUCCCAGGAAGAAGAGGUGGAAGAACAGGAUUCCGAUUCAGACUUCCUGCAGGCAAUUCAGAAUAGCCUCCGAGAUGAACGAUCAGUAACUCGGUCUCCACAAUUGACACCGCCUCCCAGCAGCAGCAACGUUGUUGUUCUUUUGGAUUCUACGCCUCGUUUUGGUCGUGUUGCCCAGCCACCUCCAGCCGCAAAUAGUGCUGAAAAAUUCAAGACUCGUGUCAAGCGCCGUGCAUUCCUACGGUCUCAGGAAACCGCCGAAGUUUUUGAUUCCGAGAAGGCUGGUUCCCCGGAACUCCAUGCCAAAAGUCCGUACUCUCUCAAAGUGUUCCAAGCAUUGUCUGGUUCUGGCAACGCAACUGUGACGGAAUACACUGAUAUGUACCAUGAAACGAAUCCCGAGGCUGACAGCCAGGAGGCUUACGAACAUGUGAGCAAUAUGAUGCGUACUCUGGAUGGAAAAAAGCAGAAGCGAUACCACUAGACAUUAGCCAGCUAGCUAGCUAGCAAGGGGUGUUUGGUACAAAUAGAACUAAAAUAAAAUGAAACGUUGAUGGUG